AUGUCGUUUCGGUUCAAUAAGGCCACGUUCGAGGACAACUCGUUCAAUGAGCAAAUUCGGGAGAAACUGACGCACGCGCUGAACGCCGACUCGAAAAGUAGCACCACUGGAACACAGUCCAAUAGCGCAAACUCGUCGAACUCGGCAGCCACAGAUGAGGUCAAACAGGAGACAAAGGCGCCGAAAAAGCUGGAUAUUCUGAAAAGCGGGAUCUACGUGCGCAAGGUCAACUUCCCGUCGAUCCCGCAGCUGGAGAUUCUGGACCUGGACGUGUCGGCACAAUCCAAAUCGCUGCUCAAGGGUAUCUGCAAAAUUUCGUGCAAAAACGCAAUGCUGGAAAUCACCACGGAGAUCGAAGCAAACUUGCUGCUGCUGUACACGAACAACGGGCCGGCGUUCACGACGCCACGGCUGAUCUCCAACGACUCGUUCACGGUGCCCAUCACCAUGACAUUCAGCCAGAUCGAACUGGAGGCAAUCACUAACAUCUUUGUGAAAAACACCAGCGUCGGAAUUUCGUUCAACGACGUCAAUCUGGACUUUGACUUCGACUGCUCCAUCAAGCUGCUGCAGUCUAGCAUCGAAAAACGGCUCAAAGGCUCCAUGGAGACCGUUUUCAAAGACGUGCUCCCCAGCGUGAUCUUUAGCAUGAGUCAGCGGUGGUUUACGCACGGUGAGCCCAACGCCAGUCCAAUGGAUGAAAACGCCUCCAAACAGAUUUCUAGUCAUUCCAACGCGCCAAGAACCAUCCUGGAAGACGCCGAUCUCGAAGACUUGUCGCCAGCCACCAUGCUGCGACUUUCCACCCUGGUCUCGUCACGGCAAUCCCUGUCACUAAAUCCAACAGCCAUGAAUACGCUAAGUGCCAUUCCUGGAUGUCUGGAGAGACAAAACUUGCAUCGCUUCAAUUCUAGAGUACCUGCACUCAGCAAUUUUUACCCCACAUACUACGACAACGGGGUGCCAGACUUAAAAAUGCUUGGCAGAUCUACUAGCCACAACACUGUACUUGGCGGUGGCUACACACAACAGCACAAUGCUCUUCCGCAACGCGUUCUCGACGAAAGAAGCUACGAUCUCAAAACCAUAGCAUCGGUCCAAUCUCGGAUUUACGAAAGAGGCAGCGGAGACAACACAGUUUUAAGAAGACGCAAGAUCAAGAUGGGCCGGAGCAAGAAACAACAAACGCCAGCGCCUCCUUCGCAGCCAGAUUCGGCCCUCGAUGAGCCAAAACACAGAGACAUCGCAACCGCGGAAUCCGUGUCUUUGGAGCCAAUAGCUGUGCCAACUCCCGAAUUAUUACACUCGCCUCGACUCAUAUCUGCGAUGCCAUCUGUCGAGCCAUUAGUGGAGAAAAGACCGGUUCUUGGAGAAAUUCCACCACUGCAGUGGCCAGGACAGGCAGCUCGUUCUACUACUUCGGCAAGACCACCGGCCUCUAAGUUGAACCUGUUGGAAGAAGCUCAUAGUUUGAGUCGCAAACGCGAGCUACAAAAACUAAGGUCGAGUCUUUAUUCGCCUAUGAGAAACAACAAGUUUUACGUCACCAGAGAAAUGGAGCGACCCAUUUUAGAGCAUAAACGUCUGAGCUUCGUCGGGCUGGCUCACGGACUCAAAUGGGGGAGCGAGGAAGUUCCUCCUCCACCUUACGGGUUUUGA